AUGGAGUUUGCAGCAAAGAAAAUCAGUUCUUACUUUCAUUAUAAAAUCUGUUUUGCAGGAGUACACUGUACACAUGGCUUCAAUCGAACUGGGUUCCUCAUUUGUGCUUACUUGGUGGAGAAAAUGGAUUGGAGCAUUGAAGCAGCUGUUGCUACUUUUGCUCAGGCAAGACCUCCUGGCAUUUAUAAAGGGGAAUACCUGCAAGAACUCUUCAGUCGCUAUGGUGAGGUUGAAGAUGCUCCUCCUCCACCAGAAAGACCAGAUUGGUGCUUUGAGGAUGACGAUGAAAACGUUGAUGAUGAUGGUUGUAGGAUCAGUAAAGACUCAGAACCUGGGUCUUCAGGCUACAACUCAUGCAAAAGGAGAAAGGAGCGAAUUAAAUUGGGAGCAAUUUUUCUGGAAGGCAUGCUAGUUAAAGGAGUGACGCAAAUCACAAUCCUGUCCAAGUUAUCAGAGAUCCAAAGAAAAUGUCAGCAGUUCUGUGGAUGGGAAAGGGCAGGAUUUCCUGGAGCACAGCCUGUUUCCAUGGACAAACAGAAUAUUAAAUUUCUCGAACAAAAGCCAUAUAAAGUCAGCUGGAAAGCAGAUGGGGUACGUCUUAUACUAAAGAGAAGUGCAGAUGCAACAAAAUCUUACUUGACAAAAUCUGAGCAACUUCUCAGAGUGGACGAUCAUGAUUUCACAAUGAGACCUGGAUUUGGAGGAAAUUCGUUGCGUGUCAACGAGCACAAUUUCCCGUAUUCCCGGGGAUUUAGGGAAAUCCCACAGCAAAAGAAGUGGAAAUCAUUGCCACACAACGUGUCAUUGAACAAGAAUUCGAAUUUCGAUCUGAAUUGA